AUGAGGAGCGGGAAGGCCUCUUGUGCCCUGGAGACCGUCUGGGAGGACAAGCACAAGUAUGAGGAGGCCGAGCGGCGCUUCCACGAGCAGGAGGCCACGCAGGCCGCCGCCUCUGCCCAGCAGCUCCUGACACAGGUGCCAGCCGAGAACGGGCCCGGUCAGGAGGACACCGAGGCCGCCAGCCAGGCAGGGGCCCCUGACACCAGCAGCAGGAGUGAGCCCAGGAAGAGCCGUGACAGCAAGAAGCCCCUGCAAAAGAAGAGGAAGCGCUCCCCUAAGAGCUGGCUCGGCCAGGUGGACCUGGCCCUCGUGGGCCUCUCGGCUGACCACGUAUGGCUGGACAAGCCACUCUUCGACCAGGCGGAAAGCUCCUACCGCCAGAGGCUGGCAGAUGUGGCCGCCCAGGCAGCCCAGCUGCCUGCCCUGGCUCCUUGGGGUCCCUGCACGCAUGGGAACCAGGUGGCCUGUCACCACGUGACCUGGGGAGUCUGGGUCAACAAGUCUUCCUUUGACCAGGCUGAGCGGGCUUUUGUGGAGCAGUCUCAGACCCUGUUGCUGUCUGCAGAGGGGAGCUGCAGGCAGGGGGCUCCUGAUACAGGCCAGCUGGUGGCCACCCCCAGCCUGGCCCUGGUCCACCAGCCCAGCCCACCAGCCAAUGGCCAGCCCCCCCUGGGCAGCCUGCAGGCACUGGUGCGGGAGGUGUGGCUGGAGAAGCCCCGGUACGAUGCUGCCGAGAGGGGCUUUUAUGAAGCCCUGUUUGACGGCCAUCCUCCUGGGAAGGUGCGCCUGCAGGAGCGAGCUGGUCAGGCAGAGGGUGCCCGGCGGGGCCGCAGAGACCGGCGGGGCCGCAACCCCAUAGGAAGCAAGAGGGCCGGGCCGCGGCGGGCCGAUGGGGAGGCCCCUUCUGCCUUGCCUUACUGGUAUUUCCUGCACAAGGACGCUGAGGCCCCCUGGCUCAGCAAGCCCACCUACGACAGCGCCGAGUGCCGCCACCAUGCUGCCGAGGCCCUGCGCAUGGCCUGGCGCCUUGAGGCCGCCUCCCUGGUUCACCGACCUGGGCCCCGCUCUGGCCCAUCCAUGUCCAGCCUGAGACCCAACAGAAAAAUGGCUACCAACUUCCUAGUGCAUGAGAAGAUCUGGUUUGACAAGUUCAAAUAUGAUGAUGCAGAAAGGAAGUUCUAUGAACAGAUGAAUGGGCCUGCGGCCGGCGCCUCCCGCCAGGAGAAUGGUGCCAGCGUGAUCCUCCGCGACAUUGCGAGAGCCAGAGAAAACAUCCAGAAGUCCCUGGCCGGAAGCUCAGGCCCUGGAGCCUCUGGUGGGCCUGGUGGAGAUCACAGUGAGUUGGCUGUCCGGAUCGCCAGCCUGGAAGUAGAGAACCAGAACCUGCGAAGCGUGGUGCAGGACCUGCAACAGGCCAUUUCCAGGCUGGAGGCCCGGCUGAGCACCCUGGAGAAGAGCUCACCCACCCACCGAGCCACAGCCCCACAGACCCAGCACGUGUCUCCCAUGCGCCAAGUGGAGCCCCCAGCCAAGAAGGUCGCCACACCUGCAGAGGACGAUGAGGACAAUGACAUUGACCUGUUUGGCAGCGGUGACGAGGAGGAGGACAAGGAGGCUGCCCGGCUGCGGGAGGAAAGACUGCGGCAGUAUGCAGAGAAGAAGGCCAAGAAGCCCUUGCUGGUGGCCAAGUCCUCCAUCCUCCUGGAUGUCAAACCCUGGGAUGAUGAGACAGACAUGGCCCAACUGGAGGCCUGCGUGCGCUCUAUCCAGCUGGACGGGCUGGUCUGGGGUGGCUCCCAGCUGGUGCCUGUGGGCUAUGGCAUCCGCAAGCUGCGGAUCCAGUGUGUGGUGGAGGAUGACAAGGUGGGCACCGACCUGCUGGAGGAGCAGAUCACCAAGUUUGAGGAACACGUGCAGAGUGUGGACAUCGCAGCUUUCAACAAGAUCUGAGCCAAGCACAGGUCCAGUCGUCUGAGGCCCUAGGAGAUUAAAGACUGAGACUCAGCA